AAGUCCGCAACAUUUCUGGAGGUGGGAGGAUCAUUAGGUUACGAAAAAAAUUUCACUGGACUUCUACUCGGUUCCGGGUGCUCCACGAGUAACGGACCUGAAUUCCAGUGCUUAAUAAAUUCCGCUCUUAGUUGGUUUCAGAGGUGUCGAAACAUUCGACAUGGCGCCUCAAUUCAACAGGAUAGUUAGCGUCUUCUUAGUUUUCAUCGUUUCUAGUUAUGCAGCUGAUCCACCAUUUCCUCACAUCAAAGAUUUUAUGGUUGAAUUUUACCAGACAGAAGUUCAAGUAACAAAUGAAGAACAACAAGCUACAGCUUUCGGCACAGAAUACUUCGACAGCACUCAAGGACGAGGAUCGAUGAAUCUUUUGAUUAUGGGUCUCAGGCAAUCAGUUUACUACUAUAAUGAAACAAAUGAAAUACUGGAGGUUAACGCUACAAACUGUCAGACAUGGGACAUUGACGAAUCUAUAUACUACUAUCAAAGCGCAUUUUACGGAUGGUUGAACAAAGACCCACUUGUGAUUGGUCCAUCAGCUGCGCUUUGGUUCGCCGAGAAUUAUAAGGAUAAGAUAGAAUACAAUGGACAAACAACUGUUAGAGAUAUCAAAGUCGAUAACUAUUCAUUGCCAGUUUUAGACGACAGGGACAACGUGACCAUGUAUUAUUAUUUUGCUGUUAAAGAAUGGACUACGCCUUAUAAGUACGAAAACUUGCGAGUUCCUAUUCGGAUUGAGGCAAGAGGUGUGUCGUCUAAGGACACAGCAUCAAAAGACCAAUGGCUAGUCAUCAAUCAGAUCACAGAUUUUGCAUACUUCAGUCCCACGAUUAGCAAGUGGUUAGCAUUCCAGCCACCUGUAGGCAUAGGUUGUCCUCUUAGAAAGUCAACAAAGUCCAUGCCAGAAAUGCCUAAAAUAUUCAGAUAUUCGGCAGAAGUUUUCGAUGUUGUGAAAGCGAAAGAUACAGAAAUAAACGACAUCGAAUAUCAGCAGGUCUGGUACGACAGUGUUAACAAAUUAGGCAGACAUGACAAGUACACAAGAAUGAUGUUUACGUCUGAAUUGUAUGAUUUCAAUACUGGUGUAACCUACAGUGUAGCGAAUUUCCAAUCAUGUACUAUAAAGCCACUUCGAAAGUCAAUGUUUGAAGGUCAUGAAGGAAAGUUAGUUGGUCAUCUAAAGGAACCAGGAGAAGUGCUGAAGUUAGAUGGAAGCUUUUACUACAUGGGCGAGCGAUAUAUCAGAGGAAUUAAAGUUGAUUCAUUUGAAAGUAUUCAGAAAGAUGUUGUAUUCAUGGACAAAACGUUAGUAAAAUUAGUCAUCACAGUAUACUUUACUCAGGAAUUCAUGGAAAUAGCAGUGGAUGGAGAAGAAGAGUCUAAAAUUCCUGUGUACUAUGCAGUAAAAGGGUGGGACACUCCAACCAAUGUUGCCAUCAAUCUGCAAUACAAUAUUUUCGAAUUUGAUGACGUUAUUUAUCCCGACAUGUACACGACGUUCCGUCUUGGACGAUGCUUCCCAUCCAUGCAAGAUAAAUCUUAUAUAGUUCUAAUCAUAGAUGCAACCCCACAACUGGGUGCUUUGAUGGAAAAACAAGACGAUUUUGUCAUCGAGGAGUUGCGAAAUCAAAUUGUCAAACAUGCUAAAAUAUCCAAUAUGAGAAUUCCCUUACUGAGAGCGGAUUAUAAGUCAUCAGGAGUUAUCAUCACUGGGCUGAUUUUGGACAGGCCACCAGCACUCAAGCAGUUUUGGUUUGAGACUGAAGGUGAAGUUACGGAAGAUGCUUUUAACUUGAAACCUGUCGCUGAUGCUGACACGAAGGAAAAAUGCGCUUAUGCUUGCGUUGAUGAAUCAAACUUUAUUUGCAAAGGUUUCUAUUUCUGCAAUGAGGCUUGUUUCUUAAAAUCGAAAGACCUCUUGGAUCCAUCAGAUAGCGAUGAAAAGAAAGGAACCUUAGGCCAAAAAUGUCAGACUUAUGUCAGAGCAGAAAUAGAUUCUAAUAAUAAUGAAGCUUACCUUAAAGAUGCUCUAAAGAGCUUGGAAGAUGCAGUAACAAACCAAACAGUGAAGAUCGUACUUCCAAUCGACAAAGACUCAACAAAAGAUGUUUAUAUUCAAGACAUUAUAAUUGGAGAUGGACCAUAUACAGGAGGAAGUAAUCAGGAGAAACCUUACGAUAUAGUCAUCAAUUUCAGCAAAUUGAAGAAAUCUGAAACUACACUGGAACUUCACGAAGUGGAUACUCUCAAUGAUUGUUACAAGGCUUGCAAAACUUCGGAUGCUAUUUCUUGUUCCAGUUUCUCUUACUGCCCAAGGAGCGAUAACAAGCAAUGUGUAAUCAGCUCUCUCUUGGUGGUAGAUAAGGCAAAAAACGCUGAGGACACAGUAGAUGAUGCCAACUGCUACGUGUAUUCCUUGAAAUAUCUGGACUUCUAUGAUCCCUACCCAGGAAGAACUGUGCUUAUCAGCGGAGAGGAUGUGCAAUCAAAUGUUAAUAGCACAGAGAUGUGUGCUAAAAUCUGCCGAGAUGAAAAAACAUUUACCUGCCGAGGUUUUGAGUACUGUCGGACGGCCAGAACAUGCGUGCUUCACUCCAAACAUAUCCUAGAUCUCAAACCAGGGGAGAGCGCAACUACUUCGAAAAAGUCAACAUGCGUCCACUACGCAGCUAGAUUCUCGGCUGAUUACUAUGAUAUGGGUUUCAGUCUUCUUGAUGACGACAGCGACAAACGAACGGAACUCACUUUAGAAGAAUGUGCCCGAAUAUGUUCUGAGGAACUGAAAAGCACUUGCAAAUCCUUCAAUUACUGCCCCGCAUCAAAUAUUGGAACAGACAGCUCUUGCUCUCUAAGCUCCAAGAUGAUAACGGAUAAUGCAGUCACUACUACUUCUAUGGCAGACAAGAACUGCCAUCAUUACGAAAAGAAAAGUUCUGUUGAUGACUGGGCUAAAGCUGAAAAAAAAUUAGUUACGUCAGGAUAUACAAAGUCGGGUUUUGCUGGAUUAGUUGUUGGUAUGCUAGCUCUUGGUCUUCUUGUAGGAAUCGUAGCCUUCCUACUCUAUUCUUAUUACCGUUCAAGAUAUGCAGGUGAUGGAUUGAGCGUCCGGUUCACGAAACAAGAGAAUUCAUGAGAAAGCAAAUAUAAUUUAGUGGCACAUCCAAAAAAGCAGACAAGUAACAAACAUCAAAAGUUAAAGAACUGUCUGAACUGUGUGAGUCACCAGAUAUUUAACCAAUGACUUAUCAACGUGUAUUAGAAACUUAUUUUCUCGAAGUGAAUUCCGUUACUUGUCUUUUUUGUUUUUACGUGUUUGUGUCGUCUAAAGAAUUUUGUUUUUGUAGUAUUACAAUAAAAUGUAUUCUGAUUCUACUA